AUGAACGUAGAUAGUAAGACCGGUGUCACCCGCGUCGAGAGAUAUCGCGUUUCGGUAGAUCAGGUAGUUGCCAACUUGCUAUAUGAAUUUUACGAGAGGCUGUGCGGGAGAGGGCGAGGGGCGGGGGGGGGGGGGGGUACAUCCCGCUUUUAUUGGAGCCACCGCUUCGAGAAUUUCAUUACGGGGUUAACUCCGUUCCCGGCCGAACCAAGCCUAAUUAUCUACGUUAGGUGCACAGCGUGUAAGCGCGCCGGCAGGUGGUGUGUGCGUUUCGGGCGGGUGUGCGUGGGUGACGCGGGUGUGUUGCGCGCGGGUGAAGGGUGCGGGGCAUGCGGAGGGUGGAGGGAGCAGCGCGGGCGGCGGCCCGCUAGCGCUAUGGCGCGCGCACCGUACGCUGCGGUGCCCCUCGCCCUGCUCCUACUUACGCAUCUGCCACCACCCGAUAGGACACGGUGCGCG